AUGGCGUACCAUCCAUACCUCUACCAGAGACCGUCAGACUUCCAAGAUGCAGCUGCCAGUUCAGGGUCCUUUAUCUAUCAGCGGAUCUCUCCAUUCUCUCUCCCACUUGGAAGUGCCUUUUCGCUACCUGGAUACCACGGGGUCUCCUACUGUCCAUCUUCCGGAGCACUAGGCACCGGUUCUCUACCAAGUUUUCUCCUCGGAGAGUAUUUAACGCAUCCGGACUACUGCCGGCGAUUGAGGGAUAAUGGGGCUUUCGAAAUCAAAGACGAUGGGAUAAAGGAUAACCCGAAAGCUGAACUAGACGGGAAAAUAUUAUGGGAUAUGUUUCAUGAACAUGGAACAGAGAUGGUUAUCACGAAAUCUGGGCGGCGGAUGUUCCCAUCGUUCAAGGCCAAGGUGUCUGGUAUGGAUAAGAAAGCAAAGUACAUCCUGCUCAUGGAUGUCGUUCCAGUGGAUGAUUGCAGAUACAAAUUCCACAACGGGAAGUGGGCAGUAGCAGGAAAAGCGGACCCCGAGAUGCCCCGAAGGAUGUACAUCCAUCCGGACUCGCCCUGCACUGGAGAACAAUGGAUGCAGAAGGCCAUCAGUUUCCAGAAGCUCAAACUGACCAAUAAUAUCACGGACAAGAAUGGUUAU